CUGCAAACUCCUGCGGACGAUCAUCCGCUGCCUGCUCGUCUUGCUUGCACCCAUGGCUGCCAUGCGGCGCAUGCUGGCCGUGCCGCUGACCAUUGGCCUCCUAUGCCGAGCACCUUCCACUUGGGUUCCGCAGGCCAUACCACGCCGAGCCGUCCUGGUCUCCUUGCCACUGGCCUUGCCCGCCACAACAGCCCUGGCGCAGGAAGGCCCAGAGCAGCGGAUGGCACUGUAUCGCGGCAAGGUGGUAGGCUUGCGCGAGUCGGCGGAGUGGUACCGCUUCUUUGUGGGCGACGUGGUCCGAAGGGCGCGUGGAGAAGACUCCCCCGAUGGCUUGAAGGCAACCGAUUCGGAGUGCGGGGGUGGCCUCUGCAACGCUGGGAAGGCUCUCACUGAGCUUGAGGGCCUUGUCUCAGCAGGUGGUCCCAGGCAGGGCGGCCUCUCGCAGAUCGAACGCGCAUUGACCACGCCGAUGUUCUUGAUCGUGGGAGCCGAGGUUUGGGACCCGGAUGCCAGCUACGUCGAGGAUGCCCGGAAGGCGGCGGGGAAGUUCCAGCAGACGAUCAAGGAGCUAGGUGUUGGUUUGCAGACCAAGAAAGAUCCCGCGGCCGCAGACAAGCUCUACCGGCGAAGCUUGGAGGAGCUGAACGGCUUCUUCAAGGUCUGCAACGAGGCAGGUGCUGCCAAGCCACAAGACGUGCCUUGGGCAGCAGCGCUAAGCUGUGGCUUGAAGACAGAACACCGAUGACAAGUCAUGGUGAGAUGGAGUGACCAAAGGCACAGCUGUUCUUUUCAUGACGUUGGAACGUUGGAGGCCAUCGGUACUAGUGACAAGAAGCUCGUAACGUUGGAGGCCAACCCAAAUAGUUAAGUGCAACACUCCGAGCGUCUCAUGGUCCGAGUCCUGUUCAUUCACCACAUCUUCCCAUCAGACCGAUCAGACCGAGCUCGCUCUCCUCGAGGCGAGCCAUCCGCCGUUUGCAGCGCGGUAAGCGCGGUCUCCGGUCGGAGUUUUAUCGCGGUCUCUGUGCAGAGAGCCGUCGGACACAAAAGAUGCGUGUUGGCCAUGUUGGCCAUGGAAAAAGGGGGCCAUGUGGCCCAUUGAACAACUCUUCUUCGUCCCGUCCCGCCCAGUGCCUGAAAGCCGUGCACAUAGAUGCCCACCGUUCACCAAAUGCUGACCCUGAAGGGAAAGGUCAUGUACCGGUGCCAAAGUAUUCUCGUUAUGACACCUUAUUGUUUCUGGUUGAUUCUUGAGUAUCCAGUAUCUAGACUUGUCAUGAUCAUCACCCACUCCAUGGGACUGGCAUAUGAAAUUCUACACGGA